CAAGCAAAGCAUUGCCACUGAAAUAUAGUUGAGCAGCAAGUUGAUUCUGUGUGCUUUUUGCGAAAAGCACAAGAAACACGAACAGCUGGCAAAGUGAGUGUUCGGAAAACUCCGAUUGGAGCAAGUGCAGUGAAUUCCCGUGAAAACAAGCGACACAGUGCACACGAAAACUCCUCCUGGGUGCUGAUUACGUCCCAUAAUAGUGAAACCCAAGCAAAUCAACGAGAACGAAGGCAUCAUGUGAAAUCAUCUCACCUGUUUCCCCGACAGUGGCUGUACGCAUCAAAACAACGGGUUAGAAAAGCAGGAUCGACCAUACGACGUUCACCCCCGGCAGGCAGAAAGUCUCCUUGUGGCGACUCUAGUAUUUUGUUCGUUAACUCACAACACGGCGUAGGGUGUUCGAACGGUCAGGCCCACUUACAGGGGGCCGUAUCUUUCUUCAAGCUAAACUGCUAUUAAAUCAACACGGCCGGCAGAUGGACGACGGUACCAUCCAUCAGCUGAUUGUGAUAAUCGAGCAUGCCACCUUCCGGAGCAAUGGUUUCCUUAAGCCCAAUCCGUACGUUGAGUUUUCGAUCGAUGGCAAAACUUCACGCAAGACAGAUAUCAUCAAAAACACCAACACACCGAAGUGGAACGAACGGUUCACAAGUAUCGUGUCGCCCGGUUCAGUGCUGCACUUUCGUGUCCUCGACCAUUCCAGUUUCCGCAAGGAUUCCCUGCUCGGUCAGCAGACGGUCGAGCUGGCGGGCAUUUUGCGCCACUACAACGGUGUGCUAGAACUGCUCGAGCUCAAUAUGGAUCUGUUGAUCGAUGGGACGGGUUCGUCGAAAGCUAGUGAACCUCGUCAGCCGGUAAAGGCGGGCGAGCUAGUUGUCGUGCUUGAUGGGUUAAAGAUCGAUAUGCGUAAUUUGGUGGGUGCUGGCGGAACGGGCGCUAUGCGUAAUAAUGAGAGCGCAAGUAGUAGCACCAGUAUGGUCAACGGAAAUGCGCAGCUGACGGUGGGUUCCACAGAAUUGGCACAAAACGGUGCACACUAUCACACGCUUCGGAGCAGCAUACUAAACGGUGGCAUUAGGGCGCGAAUGCGUUUACGUGGCACCGGUUCCAGUGCGUCACAGCAGUUGCAACCGCCGCCCCCAUCAUCGUCCGGUGCUGGUGGUAUCAUGAAUCAUGCAUUAGUUCCGUCAUCUUCUUCCUCGUCAUCGUCGUCGGCAACGGUGCACCAGUCGCAACAUUCGCCCGCUUCCCACGCUAGCCAAAGCAACAACAGCACGAGUAAUAACGCCACGUCGUCCGACUGUGUGCCCUCGUUCAACGAGUUCAGUAUAGCUGCUGGAUCGUACGGAAUGGGUAACGGUGUAAUGACGGCCGGAUCGUCUCCGAAUGGUGGAACCGGAUCGCUAACCACUGGUGCAACUUCCUCCUCAACGGGAGCUAUUCGAAGGAGUGGCAUUAACUGGGAUCAGCAGAAUGUAUCACCGGUAGCAUCCUCGAUGGCGGGAUCACAUACACGGUUGGGACCAGUUUAUUCGAACUCCUCGCAGGAAGGACUCAUCAACGGUGUACCGGGCGGUGGCCAUACGAGCACUGCCUUGCUCCCAGUUGCCGGGGGCAGCCCUGGUGGUGUAAAUGGAGCCGCCGGUAUGCCGAUGCCGAUGGGAGGAAGCUUAACUGAUCAGCAAAUCAUUCUGCAGCAUCAGCAACAGCAGCAGCAAAAUCCAAUAGACGACGAACCCCUACCGGCGGGUUGGGAAAUGCGUGUGGAUAAAUUCGGUCGGCGGUAUUACGUCGAUCAUAACACCCGCUCGACAUACUGGGAGAAACCACAACCUUUACCGGCCGGCUGGGAACAACGGCGCGAUCCACGCGGACGCGUGUACUACGUCGACCAUAACACACGUACUACCACUUGGCAACGGCCAAACAGCGAGCGGUUAAUGCACUUCCAGCACUGGCAGGGUCAACGGCAACACAUCAUCUCACAAGGCAAUCAGCGGUUCCUGUAUCCGCAGCACGCGCAACAAUCGAACUCGAUCUCGGUAGCCCACGAAGAAGACGAUGGCCUUGGCCCCCUGCCGGACGGAUGGGAAAAGCGUGUCCAGCCGGACAAUCGGGUGUACUUUGUGAAUCAUAAAAAUCGCACCACCCAGUGGGAGGAUCCACGGACCCAGGGUCAGGAGGUGAGCAUGUUAGCGGAAGGUCCACUACCGCCGGGUUGGGAAAUUCGCUACACGGCCAACGGGGAACGAUUCUUCGUCGAUCAUAAUAAUCGUAAAACCACCUUUGAGGAUCCACGGCCCGGCGCGCCGAAGGGUGCGAAGGGUGUUUACGGUGUGCCGAAGGCAUACGAACGAUCAUUCCGCUGGAAGCUCAGCCAGUUCCGGUAUUUGUGUCAGAGUAAUGCGCUUGCGUCACACAUUAAAAUUACGCUUACGCGACAAACGCUGUUCGAGGAUUCGUAUCACCAGAUUAUGCGUUUGCCUGCGUACGAGCUGAGGCGCCGAUUGUACAUUAUUUUCCGCGGUGAGGAAGGUCUGGAUUAUGGUGGUGUGUCACGGGAGUGGUUUUUCCUGCUUUCGCACGAAGUGCUCAACCCGAUGUACUGCCUGUUUGAGUACGCUAACAAAAACAACUACAGCCUGCAGAUUAACCCGGCCAGCUACGUAAAUCCGGAUCACCUGCAGUACUUCAAAUUCAUUGGACGUUUCAUCGCGAUGGCCCUGUAUCAUGGGCGGUUCAUCUAUUCCGGCUUCACCAUGCCGUUCUACAAGCGCAUGCUGAACAAGAAGCUAACGACCAAAGACAUCGAAACGAUCGAUCCGGAGUUUUACAAUUCGCUGAUAUGGGUGCGAGACAACAAUAUCGACGAGUGCGGGUUGGAGUUGUGGUUCAGCGUCGAUUUCGAGGUGCUGGGACAGAUCAUUCAUCACGAGCUGAAGGAUAACGGCGAUAAGGAACGGGUAACGGAGGAGAACAAGGAAGAAUACAUCUCGCUCAUGACUGAGUGGCGAAUGACGAGGGGCAUUGAGGAGCAGACAAAAACGUUCCUAGACGGGUUCAAUGAAGUGGUCCCGCUUGAGUGGUUGAAAUACUUUGACGAGCGCGAACUGGAGCUGAUGCUGUGCGGAAUGCAAGAGAUCGAUGUGGACGAUUGGCAACGCAAUUCAAUUUAUCGUCAUUAUAACCGUAAUAGCAAACAGGUCGUUUGGUUCUGGCAGUUUGUUCGUGAAACGGACAAUGAGAAACGUGCCCGUUUGUUGCAAUUCGUUACCGGCACUUGUCGCGUUCCGGUCGGAGGUUUUGCCGAGCUGAUGGGUUCAAACGGUCCCCAGCGCUUCUGCAUCGAGAAGGUGGGCAAGGACACGUGGCUGCCACGAUCGCACACAUGUUUUAAUCGGUUGGAUCUGCCACCGUACAAGAGCUACGAUCAGCUGGUGGAGAAACUAAACUAUGCGAUCGAAGAGACUGAAGGUUUCGGGCAGGAGUAAAAAAGGUAGGAGAUGGACUAAUAAUGGUGGGAAGGGAAUCGGGACGGUUCACACGGGGGCACGGGGUUUGGGAAAAUGCAAAUCAAAUGUGAUCAUUUUAUGGGAUAUAGUGGUUCUUAGAAAAUGUGGGAAGCCGGGAGCUAUAGGGAUGAUACAAUGAAAGUAUUUUGUAAAGUACUGUAUGAGUGUGUAUAUCUAUAAAUGUAUAUGAUAAUGAGUUGCUGUGUUCUCAAACGGAGAGCUCGUGUUGAUGAUGUUUAUUAAACAACAUACGGAUUGUAUGAAAGUUGCGAUGUUUUUUUAGAAGUUGCCCUCCGGUCACGGUGAAUUUUGUACUAAUAGAAAGAAGCGAUUAGUUUUGUGUUUUUUGUUUGUUUUUCAAACAGGAAUUGGGGUGUAAAACUACAAUACAUACACAAAUAUUCCUUGUGCGUUCUUCGUGUGUACAUAUUGUUAUGUAAAGAACGAAAUCAAUAUUGCAAAGCAUUGCGUAAAAUGCUAAAUUUUGCAUGACACAGCAAUUGUCCUUCACAACUGGUUUUCAUGGUUUAUUUGUUUCAUUCUUUGGUUUAUUCAUGGGGAAAAAAGCAGAUAAGGAACUAAUUUAUAUGUUUUACCGCUGAUACCAUAUUCUUUUGUUUUCCUUUCGUUCUACUCGACCGCAUAAUUUAUAAAACUAAAAAUGGAAAUCUUUUAGAGGAAAAUAGGAAACGAUAAAAAAACGAUGUUAGAAGCAAAAUUAUUACAUACAAACAAAACACUAAACGACAGCAAUUUGUGGGGCCAUCAAGGUGUUAAGCUUGUACUAUAAUUUCCGUAGAGUUGUCACUAGUGAACAACAGCAACCUACACUGCAUCUGCUCUUUAUUGCUAGCGAUUACUAGCUGUUUUAAUGAAAAGGAAAUGGAAAAGUGAAUGAAAUGGGGCGAUAUGUAAAUGUAUAGAACCAUAAACAAAACAUCCGGAAAAAUUAGAAGAAACAAUUCAUCAUGCAGUAGUAGAUAUCAUCAUUAUCAAUGAUGGACUCCCGGAAACACACUGAUACGUAACGGAUCGUAUCGUUGGAGGGGAAAUGAAAUAUAAUAUCCAAUGAUAGAUAUUGUAUUGUAAAGCAAAAAGGUAGAUAAAUAGCCACACUAAGCAAAACGGUUAAAGAUUGUUUUAAACAAUGACGAUAAAGAUUAAUGAAAUAGUUAUAUAUAUAUAUAUAUAUUCAUUAACACACUGGUUCAAGUAUAUCGAGUGUACUAAUGGGUUUAAACUAGUACAUAAACGAGAAAAGGAUACAAUUACGAGAACGCGAUAACACACCACCAUAUGAAAAGUGUACAGAACAAUAAGAAAAGGGAUCCAAUAAAAAGAAACCAUGAAUAAAACAUAAGUGGAAUAGAAAAUAUCAAUAAACACAAGAUAGCAAAACAUUAAAUUUUGCAAAAGAAAGGAAAUGUGUUAAAAAUCGUAGUUUACAGAUGCACACCAACAUCGUUCCACACAAUCUUUCUUUAAUGUUGCGGCAAUUGCAAUACGAUUUUCUUACACAACACAGCAAAAAACUAAUUUUAUUACAAAGCAAAGAGAAACUGAAGUGUUAUGUGUCUAGCAUUCGCAUCAAACUGUGUUCAGUUUGGUUGGUGCUAGGGAUUAACUUUAUAAAUCAUAAUGUGUUUGCAAUUUUUUUGUUUGUUCGCAGAAACAAACUGUACAGCAACAACCACAACAAUAUGAUGAAAAAAGGCUAAUUUGUAAUUCGCUAGAAAUAUUCUUCGGAAGCAAAAAAGCUAGUAUUGUAUUGGCAGGCAAAAAGAAAAGUAUCAUUAAUUGUACUGCGAACAUAACUGUAGCUCUAAAUGGUGAUGCUUGGGUGGAUGUGGCAAGCAGAAAGUGGAAAAUAAAGACAUAUUUCAAAU